AUGAAAAUUAUUAUUUUAUUAUCUAUACUAUUUAUAUAUUUAAAUAUUGUAAAAUCAGUUGAUCCUCCACCUACACAUAGUUUAAUGACAUUAACACAAUAUAAUGCAAUAACUAUCAAAGAAAAUGGUGUAUGGACAAGAACUCAGUUUAAUGUAACAGUAAGAAACAAUAUGAAUAUAUUCAGUGUUCUAGAUGUCAACAUUGAAUGUAUGGAUGAUUCAUUGCAUCUUAGAUAUCCAUCCGAUAUUAAAGAUGUAGAAUUAGUUUCUCCAAAUGUCUAUCACCUACCAAAAUAUCUAAGAGAACAAGGUGGAUUAAAACCACAAUCUUCUUUUUCAUUUUUAUAUAUAAAUGAAGGACAUAAUCCAGCUCAUUUCGGUUUAUCCAACAUUGUAUUCAAUGAAAGUGAUAAAUAA